GUUAUAAUUGUUUGCGUUCUAGUCUGCGCUUAGAUUAGUCUGUGGUUUCCGGUUUCUUUCCGGACGUGGCAAAACUUUCCACAACAAACAAAAUUCUUUAGUUGUACUGUAUGGGAAGUUUCGCAAGCCGAAAGUUUGGAAGUUGACACGGAAUUCGAUUUACUUUUGGCGAAUGUUUUAUUAGUAAAUAAUUAAAAGCAAACAAUAAUUUUAAAGAAGAAAGCAGCUCCUAAGCCAUGUCAAUUAAUACCGAGGAAGUAACAUACGAGGCUUUAGAAACUACAGAUGUUAUUAGCGUAGAAUUGGUGCCUGAACGUAAAGGACUUAUACUGAAGCAUUGUGAAUACUAUGUGAGCUCUCGACGCCAUGGUACCACUGUUACUAGAAGAUACAAUGAAUUUGUGCAGCUAUAUGACGUCCUGUUUGCAAAAUAUCCUUAUCGUGCUGUAUGCUGCUUGCCUCCCAAACGCGUGGUAGUUGGCGGUGGGAGCCCUUUGUUUCUCCAGAGACGAAGGGCAGCUCUGCAACGCUGGUUGACCCUGGUAGCGCGGCACCCCGUGUUAGCCCAUGAUGCGGACCUCAGGACGUUUCUCUGCGAGACAACACCUAGACUGGACAAGCCGAAACAUGAUGAGUUUAUAUUGGCUGGCACACAAGAAGACGAUGCGAGAGAAAUGAGUACAGAUGAGAUGCAGGAAACAUUUGUAUCGGAACAAGAGCAGCUUCGAUUAGCGCAGCUUGGCCUGGGCAGAUUGUUCAAGAUAAUUGAAAAAGUUGAGGGUCGCUGCGAGUCGGAACGCGCAGACAUUAGGGAGCUGGGCGCCGCACUCCACUCUCUCAGCUCACCCUCCGCUGCUGACACCGUGCGCUGGGCGCGCAUGAGAGAGGCCUUGCGAGCGGCUGCCGAAUUAGCAAUGGAAAUGGGGGACCCGCAAGACCUAAUCGAAGACGAGGCCAUGGACCGCACCUUACUCGCUCUGGACGCACUAGGCGCGUACCGGCAGCUUUGCUCGCGCCUCACGCGCGGGCUCCACGCGGAACGCUCUGCCGCUGCCGCCGCCGCACCGCACUCCGCCGCGUCGCACGUGCUGCGGGCCAGGCAUAGAUACGCUCUGAGAUGUGCUGUUGAGGAGGCACGAAUAGCUCGCGCGUACGCCCUGUCCGCUCUAGAGAUCCUCCCAGAACUUCUGCGUACGCAGGGUACAUCGCACGCACGCGUUGCCGCACUGUGGGCCGACUUGCACACAGCUCUAAGGCACCCGCACUCUAAACCUACUCAUAAAUGACUUGCAGUUACAAUUUUAUUGAAUAUCGUUGUACUACACUUUUGUAUGGUUCUUCAAGCAGGAUUUCCUUGAAUUCAAGUGUUGCUCUGUUUAAAGGCGAUGUUUUCCCAUUUACGAUGAGGUGGGCUAUUUGCUUUGACCGUCAA